AUGACGUCGAUACCGGCAAAACGCGGACGAGCUCCACCUAUUGCAGUUUCGUCGAGUUCACUUCACGUGGAUUUCGCGUCGUCCACCGAAGUAUCACAUCGAUAUCGUAAUAAUAUUAUUAUUGUUUAUAUCAGCGGUCGCCAACUAGGUCGACUGAUAGGACUCUGUUACGUAAAUUUGAAACGAAUAGAACAUUCCAAAGAAUCAAAAACUCCAACUAUGAACAACACAUGUCCAACAUAG